ACCUCUGCAUUGGUUGGAAAAUGCAUGACGAACAUUCUUUCUAUUAACUUCCUAAAUUAUCUCAGGAUGCAAAGGUUUUUUUGAAAGUCUGGUAGGCACAUGAUUAUUAAUAUUACUUGUUUCUCAGAGGAGCAAAUGUUUAUGAAGAUUAAGUGAAUAUUCUUGCGCUUGUCUAUUGGGCUAUCCAAGGAAGUUAGUCUUGGCAAUUCAUUGGCUGAUUUUUGUGUGUUUCUGCUAAAUCGGUAGGACUGCCAGUCCUGAGAAGAAACAGGAGCCCGAGAAACCAGCCAUGGAGGGAGAGACAAAGGAGGAAAAAAUCGAGCUGAAAUCAAUUACCGCUGAUGGAGAAUCUCCAGCUUCUAAUAAGAGCAACACAGAUGAAUAUCAGCCGAAUGAAAAUGAAGAGAAAAAUCCCUAUCCUACUGCAGAGACACCAGGAGAGGAGGACGAAGAAGAACAACCGGAGAUGCCCGUUGGACCUCGUCCUCGCCCUAUGUCUGAACUGCAUCUUAAGGAGAAAGCAGUGCCAAUGCCAGAAGCCACUGCUUUUUUCGUUUUCAGUCCCAGCAACAAGUAUGUUGUUUCUUGUAUGAACUUGUGCCACCAUGAAAACAGUCCCAAUAACAUGCUUUUAAGCAAGUGUGGGUAG